AGCGACGGCCAUCAUAGAACAGCGGAGGCAAUCGAUCGGCCUGCCGUCAGCUUCAGCAUUCGCAAGCCGCAGGCAAGAAGCUCCCCCACAACGGCCCGCGGCUCGCGCAGCUCUGCAGAGAGAGCGUGGCAGCAAGGCCAGCACCCAUUGGUCCGCCGUAGCCCUCCGCCCUCCCCCUCGCCACGCUUAUUGGCCGGAGCGGCGGCGCCCGCCCGGCAGUUGCAGCAGUGCAGAAUGGCCGACCUCAGUCUUGCAGAUGCAUUAACAGAGCCCUCUCCAGACAUUGAGGGAGAGAUAAAGCGAGACUUCAUUGCCACACUAGAGGCAGAGGCCUUUGAUGAUGUUGUGGGAGAAACUGUUGGAAAAACAGACUAUAUUCCUCUCCUGGAUGUUGAUGAGAAAACCGGAAACUCAGAGUCAAAGAAGAAACCGUGCUCAGAAACUAGCCACGUUGAAGAUACUCCAUCUUCUAAACCAACACUGCUAGCCAAUGGUGGUCAUGGAAUAGAAGGGAGCGAUACUACAGGGUCUCCAACUGAAUUCCUUGAAGAGAAAAUGGCCUACCAGGAAUACCCAAAUAGCCAGAACUGGCCAGAAGAUACCAACUUUUGCUUCCAACCUGAGCAAGUGGUCAAUCCUAUCCAGACUGAUCCCUUUAAGAUGUACCAUGAUGAUGACCUGGCAGAUUUGGUCUUUCCCUCCAGUGCAACAGCUGAUACUUCAAUAUUUGCAGGACAAAAUGAUCCCUUGAAAGGCAGUUACGGUAUGUCUCCUUGCAACACAGCUGUUGUACCUCAGGGGUGGUCUGUGGAAGCCUUAAACUCUCCACACUCAGAGUCCUUUGUUUCCCCGGAGGCUGUUGCAGAACCUCCUCAGCCAACAGCAGUUCCCUUAGAGCUAGCCAAGGAGAUAGAAAUGGCAUCAGAAGAAGAGAGGCCACCAGCACAAGCGUUGGAAAUAAUGAUGGGACUGAAGACUACUGAUGUGGCACCAUCUAAAGAAACAGAGAUGGCUCUCGCCAAGGACAUGGCACUAGCCACAAAAACAGAGGUGGCAUUGGCUAAAGAUAUGGAAUCACCUACCAAAUUAGAUGUGACACUGGCCAAGGACAUGCAGCCAUCCAUGGAAUCAGAUAUGGCCCUAGUCAAGGACAUGGAACUGCCCAUAGAAAAAGAAGUGGCCUUGGUUAAGGAUGUCAGAUGGCCCACAGAAACAGAUGUGUCUUCAGCCAAGAAUGUGGUACUGCCCACAGAAACAGAGGUAGCUCCAGCCAAGGAUGUGACACUGUUCAAAGAAACAGAGAGGGCAUCGCCUAUAAAAAUGGACUUGGCCCCUUCCAAGGACAUGGGACCACCCAAAGAAAACGAGAUAGACCCAGCCAAGGGUUUGGUAUUACUCUCAGAAAUAGAGGUGGCACAAGCUAACGACAUUAUAUCAUCCACAGAAAUAUCCUCUGCUGAAAAGGUGGCUUUGUCCUCAGAAACAGAGGUAGCCCUGGCCAGGGACAUGGCCCUGCCCCCGGAAACCAACGUGAUCUUGACCAAGGAUAAAGCACUGCCUUUGGAAGCAGAGGUGGCCCUAGUCAAGGACAUGGCUCAACUCCCAGAAACAGAAAUGGCCCUGGGCAAGGAUGUGGCUCCGUACACAGUAAAAGAAGUGGGCUCAUUGAAGGACAUGUCUCCACUGUCAGAAACAGAAAUGGCUCUGGGCAAGGAUUUGACUCCACCUCCAGAAACAGAAGUAGCUCUCAUCAAGAACGUAUGUCUGCCUCCAGAAAUGGAGGUGGUCCCAACUAAGGAUCAGGUCCCAGCCCUCAAAACAGAAGCACCCCUGGCUAAGGAUGGGAUUCUGACCCUAGCCAACAAUGUGACUCCAGCCAAAGAUGUUCCACCACUCUCAGAAACAGAGGCAACACCAGUUCCAAUUAAAGACAUGGAAAUUGCACAAACACAAAAAGGAAUAAGUGAGGAUUCCCAUUUAGAAUCUCUGCAGGAUGUGGGGCAGUCAGCUGCACCUACUUUCAUGAUUUCACCAGAAACCGUCACAGGCAUGGGAGAAAAGUGCAGCUUGCCAGCCGAUGAGGAUUCUGUGUUAGAAAAACUAGAGGAAAAGAAACCAUGCAACAGUCAACCUUCUGAACUUUCUUCAGAGACCUCAGGAAUAGCCAGGCCAGAGGAAGGAAGGCCUGCUGUGAGUGGGACCGGAAAUGACAUCACCACCCCGCCAAACAAGGAGCUCCCACCAAGCCCAGAGAAGAAAACAAAGCCUUUGGCCACCACUCAACCUGCAAAGACUUCAACAUCGAAAGCCAAAACACAGCCCACUUCUCUCCCUAAGCAGCCAGCUCCCACCACCAGUGGUGGGUUGAAUAAAAAACCCAUGAGCCUUGCUUCAGGCUUAGUACCAGCUGCCCCACCCAAACGCCCUGCCGUCGCCUCUGCCAGGCCUUCCAUCUUACCUUCAAAAGACGUGAAGCCAAAGCCCAUUGCAGAUGCAAAGGCUCCUGAGAAGCGGGCCUCACCAUCCAAGCCAGCUUCUGCCCCGGCCUCCAGAUCUGGAUCCAAGAGCACUCAAACUGUCGCAAAAGCCACAACAGCUAGCUCUGUUGCCUCAACUGGCCCAAGCAGUAGGAGCCCUUCCACGCUCCUGCCCAAGAAGCCCACUGCAAUUAAGACUGAGGGAAAACCUGCAGAAGUCAAGAAGAUGACUGCAAAGUCUGUACCAGCUGACUUGAGUCGCCCAAAGAGCACCUCCACCAGUUCCAUGAAGAAAACCACCACUCUCAGUGGGACAGCCCCCGCUGCAGGGGUGGCUCCCACCCGAGUCAAACCCACACCCAUGCCCUCCCGGCCCUCCACAACUCCUUCCAUAGACAAGAAGCCCACCUCGGCCAAGCCCAGCUCCACCACCCCCAGGCUCAGCCGCCUGGCCACCAAUGCUUCUGCUCCUGAUCUGAAGAAUGUCCGCUCCAAGGUUGGCUCCACAGAAAACAUCAAGCAUCAGCCUGGAGGAGGCCGGGCCAAAGUAGAGAAAAAAACAGAGGCAGCUGCUACAACCCGAAAGCCUGAAUCUAAUGCAGUCACUAAAACAGCCGGCCCAAUUGCAAGUGCACAGAAACAACCUGCGGGGAAAGUCCAGAUAGUCUCCAAAAAAGUGAGCUACAGCCAUAUUCAGUCCAAGUGUGGUUCCAAGGACAAUAUUAAGCAUGUCCCUGGAGGUGGUAAUGUUCAGAUUCAGAACAAGAAAGUGGAUAUCUCUAAGGUCUCCUCCAAGUGUGGGUCUAAGGCUAACAUCAAGCACAAGCCUGGUGGAGGAGAUGUCAAGAUUGAAAGUCAGAAAUUGAACUUCAAGGAGAAGGCCCAGGCCAAGGUGGGAUCCCUUGAUAAUGUGGGCCACCUACCUGCAGGAGGUGCCGUGAAGACUGAGGGCGGUGGCAGCGAGGCUCCUCUGUGUCCGGGCCCCCCUGCUGGGGAGGAGCCGGCCAUCUCUGAGGCAGCGCCUGAAGCUGGCGCCCCCACUUCAGCCAGUGGCCUCAAUGGCCACCCCACCCUGUCAGGGAGUGGUGACCAAAGGGAGGCCCAGACCUUGGACAGCCAGAUCCAGGAGACAAGUAAGUGGCUGGGCUCGGCCUAAGGGCCAGCCAGGGGCCCUGCCACUGGCCGCAAAUUGAAACUCCUUUGUUUUUGACUAGAGUGUGGCCUAAAUUUUAACGAAGUAACCUUUUAUUUUCCAGGCAUCUAAUGAUGACAUUCUGGUCUCGUCUUCCGUCUCCCCCGUGUUCCCCUCUUGUCUCCCCUGUUCCCCUCUCCCUUCCCUCCUCCCAUGUCACUGCAGAUUGAGACCUACAGGCUGACGUUCCGGGCAAAUGCCAGGGCCCGCACCGACCACGGGGCCGACAUUGUCUCCCGCCCCCCACAUUUCCCUGGCGGCCCCAACUCGGGCUCCCGGGUCCUUGGCCCCCUUUCCCGGACUGUCCACUAGACCAGUGAGCGCUUGGGCGCCGGGCAGCCCGCUAGGCUCGCCUUCCCUCCUGCUUCGCAGCAGCAGCCCCACCCCACACCUCCUCUCACGCUCCAGCCCAGGCCCAGCUCCCUGCUUUCGUCUUGCCCCAUCACUGCGCCACUGCUCCAUAGAGGAGGUUGGGAGGGGGUUGGGGUGGCUGAGGCUAAGUUGGGAUCUAGGAGAGGAGAACUAGAUUCCACCCUCAUCUUUGUUUGGUUCUUUGGUCCAAACCCAAAAGAAACUGACAUGCCCUCCCUCCUUCCUGGAUCUACCUGGAGGGAAGAGUGGAGGCGGAGUUUGAGUGGUGACGGGACGCUGACUGUGGCGCUUAAGCCACUGCCUCUCCCUUUGGCGCCACAAAUGCCCCCCCCCCCACAUGCAGGUGGUGCCCAGCCCUUCUUGCUGCCCUGCCCCAAGUUGGGGUCAGUGCUGCCUGUUCCCAUGCUUAACAUACCCGCCUAGCUGCUGUCACAUUUUUCUUGUUUUGUCCUUUUAUUUUUUUUCUAAUAACCUAAAAACUGGCGAAAUAGUUCUGCAGGUUGAAGCCAUGUCUAUAUGAAAGUCCUCAGUAAGUGUUAGAGGGAACAGGGCGGAGAGAUCCUUACACCACCCCCGCUGGAGGAUGUGGGCAGCUUAGGGCCCUGGAGGCGGUGCAGCAGGGAAGAGGGGUGCAGAGGCUGUGGCUGGUGAGCCGGUCGGGCACACAAGGGGCUCUCGGAGCGUGCACUGGUUGGUUUUGCCAUUUUGUUGUGUGUAUGCUGCUUUUCUUUUCUAACCAAGAGGCUGGUUUUGGCAUCUCUUUCCCAUUCCCUGGGAUCUGGUGGUCAGCCCUAGAAUACAAAGCCAGGGCUGGAGAACAAGAAAGGGCCAGGAGAUGGAAUUCCUUCAGGCCGGCACCCGCACCCUAGGACAUGCAAGCCCUCAUGUCCAGGGGACCCUCAUGCGGAUAGUGGGAAAUCAGGUCUGGAAAUUUAAAAAUAAAAGGCAUGAGACUAAGGCCAUCUGCUUCCCCUACGCCCUGACUGGAGAGGGGAGGGAGGAGAGGCGAGGCCCACAGAGGGCAUCCCAGCUAGGCCUUGGGAUGGCUGCAGUGAGGAGAAAUCCUGGGAACUGUAUUGACACAAAGAUUCUUAUUGCACUUGUAUUUUUUGUAUUAAAGUUUGCAUGGUUUCUAAUAAAGGAUUCAAACAUAAGUUUGUAGUGAAAUGGCCUGGAAGAUUCCAAGGGCUUCUCUGGAGGGGACUGGCUACAGUGUAGAUUUGCCUCUGAGGCUGCCCCAGACUUGGCCUCCUCAGGCCCCUCCUGACCUCUGCCCUUCUCUGGUCCUGGCAUCCCUUGGAGCUGGAGAAGGUAGGGGUCUUGGCUUAGGUUUAGAUUUGAUCUCCAUGUGCAGGGAGGCAGUCCUGGGCCUGACAGCUCCUCCCCCUUUCUGAGGUGGCAGUGCCUUAUGGAGGUUUGGCACCAUGUCUCUAGCUCCCCAGGCACACACCAGGAAACUGCAGGGCCUCACGGAGGAAGUGCUGCCUGGGCCGGGGGGACUAGCUUUCCUCCAUAGAGACCACGUGCAGAACACUUCCGCUGUGCCCAGAACAUGAGGGAGCCAGUGUUUCGUCAGCAGGAGGAAGGGCCUGCUGGGAUGAAAGUGAGAAGGAAACAGUGAGGGUUGGGUAGUCAGGAGACACCACAGGGGCAACAGCACAGGCCCAGAGUACCUGCUGCCUCUGCUGCGUCUGUCCCAGGGUCAUGAGGAUGCUGAGGUUGACGACAGGUUCCAGAUCCUUUCGCUCCUUUGGCCAAGGGUUGGGGGGAGGUGGCCCAAGUGGCAUGCUCUCUAGGUAAGACAAUAGGAGUGGUCAGAGUUCCCUCGAAGGAUCCUGCACACCAGAGCACCUGAGAAGGCCAGGACCAGAGGCCCUGUGUGAUGUGUACUCCGCAGCCAUUUGGGGUGGGACAGUUCUGUACUUCCCGGUUUGCUUAUGGCUCAGCCAUUACCUGUGUCAGUCUGUGAUUCUGUUGUAACAGUUUUAAGAGUAAAUAAAGCUGCCUGAUGUCCCAUCA